AUGAUUAUAAAAUUUUUACUAAUAUCAAUAUGGUUUAUUAACCUUAAAGUAAAUUGUGAACUAAGUUGGGAUUCAGAUAUUAUAGCAAGUGAUGAUGAUAUUGAAAAAUCAAAAAGUGAUGCAUUAAUUAAAUAUUUUGGUGAUAGAGCUGAGAAUUCAUCUAUUUUUUUGACAUAUGAAAAUAUUUCAAACAUUAUAGGUAAUUAUCAAAAUGUUGAUAAGAAUAGAUUUCAUCAUCAUGAUUAUUAUUCACUUACUAAAUUUGUUAAAAAGAUAAAUUCAACAUAUUCAGAUAUAACACAUCUUUAUUCAAUUGGACAUUCUGUAGAAGAUAGAGAAUUAUGGGUAUUAAUUAUUUCAAAAAAUCCUAGAAAACAUGAAUUAUUAAAACCAGAAUUUAAAUAUGUUGCCAAUAUGCAUGGUAAUGAAGUUUUAGGAAGAGAAUGUUUAAUAUAUUUAACUUACUUUUUAUGUAAAAAUUAUGGAAAAAAUGAUUAUUUAACAAAACUUAUGAAUGAUGUAAGAAUUCAUUUGUUAUUUUCAAUGAAUCCUGAUGGUUAUGAAAGAUCACAAAUUGGUGAUAAAAUGUCUGGUAAUGGAAGAUCUAAUGCUAAUUCAAUUGAUUUAAAUAGAAAUUUUCCAGCUAAUCAUCCAGAACAUGUAGAAUUAUCAGGUGGAGUAGAAAUUGAAGAAGAGACAAAGCAUGUAAUGUCAUGGAUAAAAUCUUUUCCUUUUGUAUUAUCAGCUAAUUUACAUGGUGGUUCAUUAGUUGCAAAUUAUCCAUUUGAUGAUAGUGAAUCUGGUAAAGAUGGAAUUUAUACACCUUCUUUGGAUGAUAAAUUAUUUGUACAAUUAUCAUAUCAAUAUGCUCGAGCUCACAAAGAUAUGUGGAAAACAGGAAGAAGAUGUGGUUUAGGAAUUAAUGGUGAUACAUUUUACCAUGGUAUUACUAAUGGAGCAGCUUGGUAUCAUUUAGCUGGUGGAAUGCAAGAUUGGCAAUAUCUUCAUACAAAUACAUUAGAAAUAACAAUAGAAAUGGGAUGUUAUAAAUUUCCAUUAAGUUAUAUGUAUGAAAAAUUAUGGAACGAUAAUAUGUUUGCAUUAAUUGCUUAUAUUGAUAUGGUUAGAUAUGGUUUAAAAGGAAUUGUUAAAGAUAUUGAUGGUAAACCAUUAAUAAAUGCUACAGUAGAAAUUAUUGGUGAUAAAAAAGGUAAAAUAAUAACUACAACUGAUCAAGGUGAAUAUUGGAGAUUAUUAGCACCUGGAAAAUAUAAAAUAAAAUUUUCUCAUGGUUAUCAUAUAUCAAAAAUUAUAGAUAUUUUUAUUAAACCAAGAGAAUUAAUAAUUAAUGAUAUUAUUUUAGAAAAUCCACCAUGUAAUUAUAGUGAUAAUUUUAAACAAGAAGUAUAUUAUAGAGGUUUUACUGAAUAUACAACAAUGAUAAUAGGUGUUGAUCAAUUUGGAAAAAAAAUUAUUACGAAUUUAUUAGAAACAUUAUGUAAUAUAUCAUUACCAUAUAUAAAAGAAUUAUUUAAAAAUACAAAAAUUAUUGCAUUACCAGAAUAUAUUCAAGGAGAACAUUUACCAUAUAUUAAAGCACAUUCACCAACUAUAUUAAUUUAUUUUGGAAUGGGUGAAACUAAAAGUAUUAUUUAUAUUCCAAUGGAUGAAGUACCAAAAGGUUUUAAUAAAAAUAUUUUAGAUGAAUCAUUAAAUAAUUAUUUUGGAAAAUAUAAUGAUAAUUCAUGUACAGGUAUAUUAAAUGAUGAAAAAUUAUCAGAAAUGGCAGUAGAUAUGAAAUUAAAAAAAAGUUUUAUUCUUGGUUUAGGUUUAGGAUGUAAUAUAAAUAUAACCAAUAAUGAUGAUUACAUUAAAAAUAUUAUAUUAAUUAUUAAUAAUAUUGUAUAUAGAGCAAAAAAAGAUUCUGUUGAAGAGUAUAGUGUUGUUCCUUCAGUUAAUCCACUGGAUCAUUUUACACCACAAGAUGUUAUUGCAUCAACAUCAGCAGGUUUAAAUAGAAUAGAAGAAUCAAAAUACUGUAAUACAAAAGUAAAAAUGUUAGAAAAUAUGAGAAUUAUUGAAAUAGGUCAACAAGAAUCAGGUCCAAGAACUUUAAUAAUGUCAAUUGAAGCAAGGACUGAACAUAUGAUUUAUCAAAUGUUAAGUUAUCUUUGUGAAGUUUCACCAACUGAUCAUGAUUAUAGAGUAAAAAGAUUUAUGGAAAAUUCAAAAUUAAUUGUUAUUCCUGAAAUUCCUGGUACACAAUUAAAUUGUCAUGAUUAUUCAACUAUACAACCAUUUGAACCAUUACUUUCUAUUAUUAUUAAAGUUUAUCCUGAUAUAGAUUACGUAAUAUUUAUGGCUUCAGGAGGUUUAAAGGUUCGAUAUGUAAAUGCUUCAAAUACAGAUAUGGCUUAUCAAUUAUCAGAGAUAUAUGUUAAAAAACAUAAAUUAAUGGUUGAUGGUGUUUGGAAUAUUUGUUCUAAAAAUAAUAAAAUGACUUAUGUUAAUGGAGAAUUUAAAUGGAAUAAUACAAAUAAUGAUAAUUGGAUAAAACCAGAUGCUUUAUUAGUACAAACAGGAUGUUGCUAUGAAGCAAGUGGUGAUGGACAUUUAUUUGAAGAAAAUAAAAAUUCUUUAUUUGAUUUAUUAGAAAAUAGACUUCAAGGUAUUAGUGGACGUGUUAUUAAAAGAAAAAAAUAUGUUGGAAUAAAGAUAAAGAUAAACAUAUUAAAAGAAGGAAAACUAUAUAAGCAAGUAGAAACAAAUCCAAAAGUAGAAGGCUAUUAUCAUGUUUGGUUACCUGUUGGUGACUAUACUUUAGAAACAAUUGAUUCUUCAUAUCCAAAAACAGAAAUUGAUUUUCAUAUUUCAUCAGCAACAUCAGUUAUUAUUGAUAUAAAUAUUGACACUGGCGAUGAUUCAGGAAAUAAUAGUAUUUUAAUAAUUGGAAUAAUUAUUUUUAUUCUUGCUUUAGGAAUAUAUUAUUAUUUUAAAAAACAUAAUAGUUACAAAUAUUUUAUUUUAGACAAUAGAAAUGAAGGAUUUGAAAGAAUACCAUUAAGAGAUAACAUAGACGAAGAUAGUGAUAUUGAUGAAGAUGAUAAUGGUGAAAAAUUACUUUCUUUUAAAGUUGAACACGGCAUAACAAAUGGUUUCUCUUAA